GGAGCUCAAUAUAUUACAAUCAGAACUUUUAGUCGUUCCUCAACGUUCGCAACUCGAACCACCUCUCGGACCAGCUUAAUUCAAGCGAUAGCCAAAUUAAGUUACCAUUAAAUGACGUUCAGUGGAUUCACUAUUCAUUGUGCUCUACCACUACUGCGGAUUACUUAAUAAAUUUUCGCAUUUGCGAUCUGAUUCCUUCGCCCGCCGCCCUAAGCGACUAAGCGACGCUGGAGAACUAUCACAAUCAUUCGUUUGGUACCCGGUGUCCGAGAAGCAUCAUCUCUCGCCAGCAGCAGCGCUCGAACCUCGAAUAUCGCAAACUCGCAAAAACAACUCCAGAACAUCCCGGUGCGCGAAGUGCUAAUCGGUAACAUAAACGUUAUAUUUCGGUACCAAAUCGAACAUUGUUGUGUUGAUCAAGUGAUUCUUAUCCGGUUGAAGUGAUAAUUUUCAAGAAAUCGAGAACAAUUAAUCUAUUCCAUGACACAUAGUUAUUCGAACAAUGUCUACUCAGUGACAACCGUUCGAUCGAUUGAGCUUCUGUUGAUCACCAUAUAGACGAAUCUGAUCACGUGCUAAAACCGAAAAGUGAUUUCACCGCAAUAGAAGAAAGAAAUAAUCACCAGUGCCUGUUGCAGAAACGACGGAAGUGUUGUUAUUUAAUUGCUACGCAUUGCGCGCCAAACCGCUUUGCGGUGAUAGAACACAGUACCAGUGAACGGAUACAAAAACCUAACAAAGUGAUCUGAGAGCAGUUCGAUCGCCGAUACGCCGAUAGCUAUCAGCAAUGACAGAAACAAAACUCCCCAUUACGAUAAAGGCGAAUCGAAGACUCGUCCAUCAGUACCUGGCGACUCUUUGCGUUAACAUCAUCUCGCUAGCGCAAGGAACGGCCAUCGGAUGGCUGUCGCCGUUUCUGCCGCUACUUGUUUCCGCUAAUGCUCCCCUGGAGGCCGGCCCUGUGACGGAUAUUCAAGCUACGUGGAUCGCUUCGCUGCUCUGCGUAGGUGCCAUCUUUGGGACGGUCAUUUUCGGAUGGUCAGCGGACAAAUUCGGGCGGAAAUUUUCCUUGUGCAUGGCAGCCAUUCCGCUGCUCGGAUUUUGGGCAUGCGUUGCUUUCGGUGGAUACGUGGAACUGUUGUACCUGGGACGGGUACUAGCAGGUUUGGGCGCUGCCGGAGUAUUUUUACUUGUACCGCUAUACAUUACUGAAAUUGCGGAAGAUAGUAUAAGAGGCUCACUAGGGUCAUUUUUCAUCCUGUUCAUUAACAUGGGCACGUUGGUAUCCUUCGUCGUCGGAAGCUAUUUAUCCUAUCACAUCACGUCGUACAUUCUCAUGAUAUUGCCGAUCGUUUUCCUGCUGUGUUUUAUACACUUUCCCGAAACGCCACAGCAUUUGAUUCGGUGUAACAAACUCGAAGCUGCUGAAUGUUCGCUGAAGUAUCUUCGUAGCUUCACGACCUCUCCGGAACAUGUGGAAAUGCUGAAAAGUGAAAUGACCACCAUGAUCAACCAGGUUCAUCCAAACGGAAAGGACUCUAGCGAAGAUUCGUCUAUCAAGUUGGCUGACUUUGCGCCAUUUUCCACCAAGAAGGCUAUACUCAUCGGAAUGGUUCUGGUUACACUAAAUCAGUUCUCUGGAUGUUUUGCGCUCAUAAACUACACCGCAAACAUUUUCGCAGAAUCAGGUUCGGACCUGGAUCCCAAUGUGGCCGCCAUCAUUGUGGGAGUUAUCCAAAUCGCCGGAUCUUACGUUUCCACGCUGGUAGUUGAUCGUUUCCAGCGAAAGGGACUGUACGUCGUGACGGCAUUCGGUUCAGCCAUAGGUCUAGCUGCCAUGGGAGUUCAUGCCUACCUCAAAGGCUCGGGAUACGAUGUCAGUGCGAUCAACUGGAUUCCAGUCGCUAGUUUAUCAUUCGUAAUUUUCAUCGCCUCGUGCGGAAUUCUGCCACUAACCUUCGUGAUCCUUUCGGAGAUCUUGCCCCAGAAACUGCGAAGUUUUGGAGGAUCUAUGUGCACCACGUUCCUCUGGGUAGUAAGCUUCAUAGUGAUCAAGUACUUCCCGGUUAUGGUCGAGGUGUUGGGAAUGCAUGGCUGCAUGUGGACCUUUGCGGGAUGUUGUACGUUCGGAAUGUUCUUCAAUGCGCUGUUCAUUCCGGAAACGCGAGGCAAGAGCAUCGAAGAGAUUACGCUCGCAAUGGAGGGAAAGAGCAAGAACUGAAAUGUGGCUGAAUGUUUGUGGAAUGAAUGAGAGAGGAAUUGCAAGAUCGAGUGCCAUCAGGAGGUUAUGUCACCUAGCAUAACAUGAUGAAAUUAUGUAAACACAUGUAUGUGGAGAGUGAUGAGUAAGUGACGGAUUAGUUAAGCGUAAAACGCGAUGUUUCUAUUAGUUUGAAGUUUUCUCAUUAGCUUUACUUAGAAUAGAAUACGUUAUAGGUUAUCUCAACAAAUUGUGAUUGAUGUGAUAGUAAUAAAUUGCUUUCAAAAAUAAAUUAUGAGAUUA